AUGCCCGUGAAAUGCUGUUUCUACAGGUCGCCGACGACAGAAACAGUGGCGUGGUGUGAAAACAUGGACACUCUCUUAGCCAACCAAGCCGGUCUCGAGGCUUUCCGAACAUUCCUGAAAUCAGAGUUCAGUGAAGAGAAUGUUGAGUUCUGGCUUGCCUGCGAGGACUUCAAGAAAACGGAAAGCACAGAAAAAAUCGCUUCCAAAGCCAAGACGAUCUAUUCUGAAUUCAUUGAGGCUGACGCCCCUAAAGAGAUUAACAUUGACUUCAGUACCAGGGACCUCAUCUCAAAGAACGUCGCAGAGCCCACUCUCAAGUGCUUUGACGAGGCUCAGAAGCUAAUCUACAGUCUCAUGGCCAAGGAUUCUUUCCCUCGGUUUCUAAAGUCAGAGAUUUAUAAGAAACUGGUAGAGAGCAAACAGGUUGGAAAUCACAAAAGAUGGCUCCCUUUCUUGUAA